AUGUCGAAGAUGGGAUGCCCUCAGUCGGACACUGAUCCAAACAGUGUGACGAUUCUGCGUAAAGGAGGACCUGUGAACAAAACCUUGAAAACAAAUGCGGCUGUAAAUGCCGCAAUCCGCGCUGGUGCUGCCGUAGAAUCGCAAAAGAAAAUAUUGGCUGGUGGAAAUCGCCAACAUACCAGCAACAAAAACACUCUUAGGCUUGAUGAGGAAACAGAAGAGCUUCAUCACGAUCGUGUUCCCCUCUGUUUAGGAAAAGCGAUGCAGCAAGCUCGCCAAGCCAAGGAGUGGACUCAGAAGGAUUUAUCUACGGCAAUCAACGAGAAACCACAAGUUGUGGCUGAGUACGAGAAUGGCAAGGCAGUCCCGAACCAGCAAAUUCUCCAGAAAAUGGAACGCGCUCUGGGGGUGAAACUGCGUGGAAAAGACAUUGGCCAGCCGUUGGGUGCCAAGCACAAGAAAUAA